UGGGGCACGGGUUACGGGAUGGUGCAGAGGGGGAUGGACGCCGUCUUCGGCCCUCGCACCGUCAACGUCGUCGACGCCACGUCCACUUCGUCUUCUCCGGCGCCGGCGGCCGCCGCUGCGGCUCAUCCAAUGUUGGAUGCGUGCGGCGCCCACAAGAAGGCGUUCCAGGAAUGCGUCGCCCAGCAAGGGAUCCACGUCAGCAGAUGCCAGCCCUACCUCGACAUGCUCAACGACUGCCGCCGGGACUCCGCCGCCUCCGCCGCCGUCGGCGUUGCCACCACCACCAGAAUUCUCUGAUGGAUGGAUCGCCUGCCAGCCUGAUGCAUCAUAUCCAUGAUAGCAAUGCAAUCCAUCGAUUGAUUAAAUUAGUUUGAUUGCUUGUUUAUUUAUAUCCGUUUUGCAGCCACACGUAAUAAUAAUAAUCAUGCGACGCUGUAUGCUACUGCAUGGAUGGACCUUAAUAAGUUAAGUUAAUUUAUUUGCUUC